UCAUUCCUUGCACUUCGACAUCUUUCAUUUCGGUCGGCUUUGGGGAGAGAAGAGGACAUGGGAGACAAAUUGAACUGAAUAUAGCUACAAACUAAUUUAUUUUCAAUAUCAACCCAUUUGGCAUUUCGAACAUACUUUUUAAAAGUGGUUCUCAUGGAUAUUUUCAGACCGAUAAUUCCCAGUCUCAUCGGACUUCAGCAACGUCUCUUUGGAAAAGGAAAUACGCCUUCCGAACAGGGGAACAAGCAUCCAGCAGUGGCGAGCCAAAGAUAAACAAGCCUUAUGUUAACACUGAACACUGUAUGAUCCCCCAAGGUCCGAGCGGCUGUAGAACCCCAGAAAAGCAGCAGCCAUGUUAGCCUGCCUACAGAGACGGCAGCAGAACCUCUCAUCUCAGCGUCUGGUAUGCACCCCCAAGAUCCUGGAUGCUCCGCCGCAGCAGCAGCCCAGCACACGAAAAAGUGAGCUGGUCUCCAUGAAUGGCCCCCGGUAUCCAUCCCCUGCAGAGCUGGAUGCCUUUGCCCAGAAGACGGCCAGCAGCCCCCUGUCCAUCAAGAUCUUCCCAUCCAACAUUAGAGUGCCGCAGCACAAACAGCUGAACAGGACGGUCAACGGCCUGGACACCACAUGCACCCAGCAUUACAGUCCCUACUCAGGAGGCUACCAGGGCCUACUGGGUGUUGUAAAGGCCUCCGUCUCCGUGGUCAAAGGCGUGCUGAAAAACUCUGAGGGCAAGAGGACUAAACAUUCCCCCGCCCAAACUGCAGCGGCACCAUACAACCUUUUCUGUAACAACAGACACGGGCAGCAGAAGAGCUACCGCAUAGGCUCCUGCAAGCCUCAUGACGGGCCAAAUGUGUCUGUACCCUCUAAUAUCAUUGGGGCUGUGUCAGUCAUUCCCACCCCGGUAGGGCAGACUCUGGCCCCUCAGUCGGACCUGGACGUCCAGAGCCUGCUGAGGCAGAUAAACAGACACACCCACAGCCAGGCCCUGCAGCACGGGGGAGGGGCCCAGCCAAGCCCUUCCCUUCAGGCUGUGGCCGCUGUAGCCUGCUCAGACUCUGGCUUUACGCUGGGAAUAGCACCCCAGAGCAGUCUGGCAUAUUCGGGGGCUGUGCUGCCCACCCAGAGUGCAGACAUGGCCAAGGCUGGCUACCUGGACAGAGUGGAUUAUAGCACAUGGCAGCACAAACAACAUCAGCAGCACUAUCAACAGGGGGCGCUAAGGAUAUACAACAAUGCUCGGAUGGGCAGCGGGGGAGGUGCCGUGGUCAGCCGCUCUCCAGAGACUUGUCUCCCUUUGGCCUGCUCGGCACAGCUCUCCUAUAGGCCUCACCCCCUCAGUGCAGGCACUAACGGGGCAGGAGCAGGGAUAGGGCAGGACCGGGUUAGCUCCUCCCCUCUGAACUGUGCUGCCAUGCAUGGGGAGUUCUCUGUGGGCCAGUACUUCGCCCCUCCCUGGAACAGUGUUCUGGUCACCCCGGACAGCGACUGUUACAACCCUCAGGAGCUGGUGCCUGGCUCCUCUAUCGUCCGGCCCAGAGACAUGGGGCUCUCCCACCCUCAUCCAAACCAUCACCCCAACCGCCAGCUCCACCCCCACCCUCACCCCCAGGCCUAUGCCACAGACCAAAGCCUGGGCCUCUGUUUUGGGCUGCCCAGCACCAGCCUGUGCCACGCCUCUGUUUUGAGCAGCAGCCUGCAGUCUCUGGAGUGCCUGAUCAGUGAAAUCCACCCACCCUGCAUUAAGGAGCGCAUGCUGGGACGGGGCUAUGAGGCGGUGGGGAUGCCCCAGCUACUGGACCACAACCUACAGCACACCCACAUUCAGCUGCCUGUGUUCCGAUAAGACGGGACAUAUCCACACAGGGCAUACAGUGCCUUCGGAAAGUAUGUAGACCCCUUGACUUUUUCCAAAUUUUGUUACGUUACGGCCUUAUUCUAAAAUUGUUUUUUUUUAAAUUAGCUACUUUUUGAAAUUUUUUUUUUAAAUGUUUCCAAAGUAUUCAGACCCUUUGGUAUGAGACUCGAAAUUGAGCUCAGGUGCAUCCUGUUUCCAUUGAUCAUCCUUCAGAUGUUUCUACAACUUGAUUGUAGUAAAUUGUGGUAAAUCCACCUGUGGUAAAUUCAAUUGAUUUGGAAAGGCACACACCUGUCUAUAUAAGGUCCUGCAAUUGACAGGUCAUGUCAGAGAAGAAAACAAGCCAUGAGGUCAAAGUAAUUGUCCGUAGAGUUCUGAGACAGGAUUGUGUCGAGGCACACAAUCUGGGGAAGGGUACCAAAAAAUGCCUACAGCAUUGAAGGUCCCCAAGACCACAGUGGCCUCCUUUGUUCUUAAAUGGAAGAAGUCUGGAACCACCAAGACUCUUCCUAGAGCUGGCCGCCUGGCCAAACUGAGCAAUCGGAGGAGAAGGGCCUUGAUCAGGGAGGUGGCCAAGAACCCGAUG